AUGGCCAAUGUCGGAGGGCCUCGGUCCAGUAGUAGGAGGCUGUCAUUGUCUUCAAUCCAAACCGUACUCAUGUACGGUGCGGGGGUGUGGGUAGACGUUCUCAAUGAGGAGGUAUAUAGGAUGUGGCUAGCCCGAGUGCUUGGUGGCCGAGGGGAAGACCAGUGCCGUGGGGAGGACAAGGCACGAACAGUGGGCCCCACCCGUGCCUACCAGCUUCGGCAGGAGACACGGGGACGCUGGACAAGGCGACUGAUACGGCAAGUCCGACUUUGGGUUAACCCUCGGUACGGAGAGGUGAACUUCUACCUCACCCAAUUUUUGACGGGUCACGGCCUUUUCCGGUCGUGCCUGUUCAGGAUGGACAAGGCCGUGUCACCCGAUUGCAUAUACUGA